CAAACACUUGUUGUUGCUCCUAUUGUUUCUACUUCAAUAGAUCAUGAUACUCAUGAUCUAAGUUCUUCUUUUACUAGUUUAAACCAAUCAAUGCCCAUUGUAAAUGAUUCCAUAAUAAUUACUAGCUUAAAUCAAUCAAUCCCAAAUAUUGUAAAUGAUUCCAUUAUUACUAGCCUAAACCAAACCGUGCCAAAAGGAGAAAGGGUGGUUGUCUCUCGUCAAAGAACUCGUUUAACCAAGAGAAGAAAACCAAGGAUGAAACAAUUCACGAUUACUCCUCCUCCUCCGCCUCCACUCCGAUCGGCGCCUCAUAGUUUGAAGAGACGUGUAUGGUCAUUGACUCCAAAUGCAGCACUUGCAUAUGCUAAGAAGGAGAUGGAAAAUGUUUCUUCUUCAAUCAAUGAUCCGGAUCCAGCUUUAUAUGCUCCAAUAUUUCGAAAUGUUUCUAUUUUUCAGAGGAGCUAUGAUUUGAUGGAACUGAUUCUGAAGGUUUACAUUUAUGAAGAUGGAGAAAGACCUAUCUUCCACGACCCUCAUCUUCAAGGAAUUUAUGCAUCUGAAGGAUGGUUCAUGAAGUUAAUGGAAGAAAGUAGACAAUUUCUAACCAAAGACCCUGAAAAAGCUCACUUGUUCUAUCUUCCUUAUAGCGCACGUCAACUCCAAAUGGCUUUAUAUGUUCCCAAUUCUCACUACAUGAGAAAUCUAUCAUUCUUCUUACGAGACUACGCUAACAUGCUUUCUUCAAAAUACCCGUUUUGGAAUCGGACUCGUGGACGAGAUCAUUUCUUGGUAGCUUGUCAUGAUUGGGGGCCUUACACGUUGACCGAGCACGAAGAGCUAACGAAGAACACAAUAAAAGUUUUAUGCAAUGCCGAUGCAUCCGAAGGAAUCUUUGUCGCAGGUAAAGAUGUGUCACUACCCGAGACCACAAUAAGAAACCCUAAGAAACCCCUUCGAAACAUCGGAGGCGGAAAAAGGGUAUCACAACGUCCUAUACUCGCCUUCUUUGCUGGUCACAUGCAUGGAAGAGUCCGCCCCAUACUUCAUAAGCAAUGGAGCGAUAAGGACGAAGACAUGAGGAUUUACGGCCCACUUCCUAAUAGAGUGUCAAGAAAUAUGUCAUAUGUUGAGCAUAUGAAAUCGAGCAAAUAUUGUGUUUGCCCAAUGGGAUACGAGGUAAAUAGUCCUCGUAUUGUUGAAGCAAUAUAUUACGAGUGUGUCCCAGUUAUCAUUGCGGAUAAUUUUUCUCCGCCGUUGAAUGAAGUUCUCAAUUGGGAAGCCUUCUCAAUAAAAGUGGCGGAGAAUGACAUCGCGAAACUUAAGGAGAUUUUGUUGGCGAUACCAUUGAGGAGAUAUCUUAGAAUGCAAAAUAAUGUGAAGAGGUUGCAAAAGCAUUUCCAUUGGAAUGCAAGACCAAUUAGGUAUGACCUUUUUCAUAUGAUCUUACAUUCUAUUUGGUUUUCAAGGCUUAACCAAUUUCAAGUUGAGGAAUCAUCUUAAAUCAUAUUGUGUCGAUAUCUUUAAUUAAACUU